AUGACCGACUUCGGUACAAUGAGCGUAACACGAUCUCUCUCCAUCUCUACUCGAUCGUCGCCAUCUUCUUCGCACAUCACUUAUUUCCACAAUCCAUACUCACGUGACUACGAGCAGACCGGCCAAUCACAACAUCAGCCAUAUUUCUUCGGCAAAACCAACAGUAGAAACAACUCCCCCAACUUGUUAUCCGACACGAUCGGCAUCAUCGACUCCAACAAUCGAUCGGAUAACAUCGAUAUUAGUUACAUCAGCAGCAACAACAAUAACAACAACAACAACAACAACAAACAUUUCCAACAACAAAAACAGCAACAACUUAAGAGACGUGCAGAAUGGAUAACCCUCAGUAAACCAUUCCUCAUGAAGCUUGUUGAAAAGUUGUGCCAGCUGAGUUUUGAGAACGAUCAACAAAAUGAAAAAUUUCAAUACAACAACAACAAUAACAUUAAUAAUAAUAACAGCAACAUUAGCAACAACAACAAUAAUAAUAUUAGCAAUAACUUAAACAAAACCAUUAACAACGAAAAUCGCAAAAACGUUAAAAAUAUAGAGAGAAGUAAUGCAGUUAUUGAGACUAAAGUGAGUUUGAAAAAUAACGUUGCUAUCAAGAAUAAUAACAACAACAACAACAUACUGAAGAACAAAUGCAACGUGACAAAGAAGAAGAAUAAUAAUGAUGAUUUUGACGAUUCUGACGACGAUGAUUUUGUUGAACACCCAAGCAGAAUCACAUUAAACUCAACGUCAAAUGACAGCUACCCACAGCUACAAAGCCAGCGACAAAGAAUGGCAAGAUCGAGAACAAAAACGGCAACAAGUAGACCGUUCUCAGCAUCUGCAUUGUCGUCGCUUUCAACAGCAUCUCCAGCAACAACAACGACAACAACAACAUCGUCAACACGCAGUAGUGCAGCGGCUGCGACGAAAUUUGCAAGACCAUUUGAAUCCAGCGAGGAGAGAACCACCAGUGAACACAGCGACUACAUGAAAACUGAUUCUGAACCUGAGAACAAACUGAAAAGUGAGGACUAUUCUCCGAACAUGAGACAUGUUGAGCAACAGCUGCAACAAGUUGAAAACAGCCACAUGUCGGUUGUCAACAACGACGACAGUGACACCGAACAAAUUGAUGUCGAAGAUGUUGAUGAAAACGCUCCAAUAAGUUUCAGAGACAUUCUGAAGAAUGAAUCGCAACAAAACGCAAAGAACAACAACAUGAUUUUUACCGACAACAAUUUUUACGGCAACGAGGCAUGUCGGGAGGUCGGCGUCGUAAUCAGCGCUGAUGGAAAUAAUAUUUGCAACGAUGGAGAGGAUGGAGAGGAAGAGAAAGAAGAUUCGAAGGAGUUGGUGAAAGAAGAAAUUGAAAAUAUGAUGAAAAAGUGCGAUCAGAACAAAAAUGUUGAAAACAUCAGCUACAAUUUUUUUGGCAACAAAGAUGCAGAAAACAAGCACAUCAGUUUCAACAACCACAGAAACAACAUUUUUGACCCAAUCUGGAGUUUAGCAUUCAAAUCACAGCUUGACCGGAAAUGGUUUGAGAAAACGGAAGCCAUUAAUUUAUUUCCACUCUACAGAUGGCAGUCUACGUGUUUUGCUGCUCCGCCAUCUUUGCAUACUCCAACCGGAAGUAAGCAGCUGUGGGCGGCAUUCAACAAGAGUCUGGUUUAUAAGAUGUUUGAUGAUGUCUUGCAGGGUGAUAGAGAUAAUUGGAUGAAAACUUCACCAUCCUUGCUACAAAACGCGCCACCAGUGUUGAAGAGUUGUUACAUGCUCAACGUGAGCAACAUCAACAACGUAGACAACACUGAUAACAGUGACAAACAUAACGAUCAGUUGAUUCAUAAAUGUCUGAACAACAUUCACAACAACAACAAAGUUUCAAACAACGACAAAAGCUGCACAAACAUCAGCAACAACAACAAAAAAUCAACAUACUUUUACAGAAGGCGCCAGCGUCCUAUGUACAACAAACGUUCGAGAAACCGUCCAUUUCCUGAAACGUCAAAACGGAAAUCGUAUGAGGUCAUUGAAAACAAAAACACAAAAGAAGAGGAAAUGAUUUCAAGUUGCAUGGAGUCAGUGCCGAUACUUGGGGCCUUGUUAAGAAGCGACGAUAGCAAAAUUUACAGCAGCAACAACAACAGCACCACCUACAGCAACAAAAUUUUCAACAGCAGCAACAACAACAACAUUUCUAAUGUUAACUGCAGCAACAACAACAACUCUAACACGAGCGACUCAAAACAUCAAUACGGCAAUGUGCUUAAAGUGCUUUGUAACAGGAACAACCAGCAACAAAAUUAUUUUCCACAGCAUCAACAAAAAUCACUUAACAUUUCAAACAACAAAAUUAACAACAAUAAUGCCAGCAACACUAACAGCAAUAACAACAACAACACUGGCAUCAACAACGCGCAUAACAAAUUUGACGUUUGGCCCAAAUGGGUGGCAUUAGACAAAUGUCACGUUAAAUCUUUGGUUGACUCGCUUGUCGUUUCAAUGAUGUCGGCCGAUAACCAACAACAGCCACAAUCUCCGCAACAAUCUCAACAACAACAACACUCUCCGCAACAACAAACGCCAACUUCAACUUUGCCACAUCAACAAAAUGUUAACAAUCUCAAUGCUAACAGCGUCAGCUGCGAUGCAACCAACAUCAACCAAAAUUACAUUAAAACUGACGAAAUUAGCGUGAAAUUAUCAAAAGACAUCGACAGCAAGACUAGCAAUAACGUUAAUAACGAGAAAUCGGGCAGCGACAACAACGAAAACUUGGCCGCUGACGAUCUAACUCUCUCAAAUCAAGACAGCUACAACUCCUGCAACAAAAAUCUGCCAGCAAUUAUGAAAGAAGAAAAUGCAACAACAUUUUCUGCGAUGAAUAAAUUAUUAUUAACACCACCAACACCAAUAACGUCACCAGCAGCAAUUUCAUCACUACACGCCUGCAGCACUACAGCCAUCCAACAACAACCUUCAUCAUUAUCGCCUACAAUGGCAAACACAAACGCCGAAAUUGCCGCUAAAACUAAUGAAUGUUUCACUUCUAUUUUCACUCCUACUACUACUUCGAGAAGCAUCAGCUGCAACCACAUCACAACCGUUACUACACCUCCAACUUCAUCUGAAAACAUCAGCCCGUCGGUUCCAAUUUCAACGCGAGAUGAAGAGUUGAUGGAAGUAUGCCACGACGAUGACAGUCCCAACAACAACAACAACAACAACAACAACAACAUCGGUUAUGAUAAUGACGGUGAGGAAGAGGAAGACGACGAACCAAUCAGCAACGCGGAUGAAGAGGAGGAUAUGGAUUUUGCGGAUCCCCAAACUGCAGCGAUGACUUCCGGUUCGAAAAAAACAAAAUGUCGGAGCAGCUCGAAGGGCAUGGCCUGCGUGCAGAAGUGGAAAUCUAAUAUGCUGAUGCGAGUGGAGGCGGAAGUCGGCAAACCGGAAGUGAAAAACGAUUCGUUAUAG